AUGAGGAAGUGGGACCUGCUGACCUGCUGCAGUGGACACACUCAGGACAGGACAGAAGCCGGCCGGCCCAGCAGCCCAGAAAGCAUUUCCUUUGAUGGACGCACUCUUCAAGACACCUGGGGGCCUCAGUCCCACAGUGGGACACCAAGCUCUGGGUUUGCUUUCACCCUGAACCCUCCGGCCCCAGUCAAGCUGUCCCACCCUGCCUCCUCUUCCUCCUCCUCUUCUCCUCCUGCUACUCUUUCUCCCCCCUCCUGGUCCCCACAGGCCCACCUGGCCUCCCAUUCAGCUUUCUCCCUCCAUGAGGGGCGGGGGGAGGCACCGGGGGGCCUGGAUGUGGACCCUCUUCAUCUUGAUUCACCUGAAGACCAAAGAGACCUAGGAAAACGAUGCCACGAUGUGUCAACUUUAACAGAUCUUUGUUCAGACCUGCCAGAGUUGGAGAUAGUGAGCCUCCUAUCAGAGGGUCAGCCCAACUACACUCUUCGAGCAGACAGUGUGUUUGGAUACGACAAUGACGACUGGCUGCACACCCCUCUGCUGCCACCAGCGGUCGUUUUGGGACUCACGCACGAGCAGAUUGAAGAGACUCUCAAGUACUUCUUGCUGUGUUCGGACAGAGUGGGCCAGGUCACCAAGACAUAUCAUGACAUCAAGGCGGUCACACACCUGCUGGAGGAGAAAGAGCGGGAUCUGGAGUUGGCAGCGCGAAUCGGUCAAUCCCUCCUGAAGCAGAACCAAGAAGUAACCGCACGCAAUGAAAUGCUGGAUGAACAGCUCGAGGUUGCAAAGGAAGAGAUUGCUCAACUACGCCACGAGCUCUCGAUGCGAGACGACCUCCUUCAGUUCUACGCCAGCACCGAGGAGAUCGAGAACGCUGCAUCACAAUCACCAAUAAAAAAAAACGAAUCAUGCAGUUCUCUCAGCAACUUCGUCCACUACGACUUCCUGCAGCAGAAACUGAAGGGUUUAGAGGACGACAACCGCAAACUGCGAAUAGAGGCCUGUGAGCUCACAACAGAGACGGCCAACUACGAGGAGCAAGAACAGGAGUUGAUGAUGGUGUGUGUGGAAGAACUCUCGUCCGUUAAUAAGCGGGUUGUCGACCUGUCAGAGGAGCUAGCACGGAAAGUGGAGGACUCUCUCCGACAACAGGAGGAGAUCAGCUCACUGCUCGCACAGAUUGUUGACCUGCAGGCCCGUUGCAAAGGGCUCACCCAUGAGAACGAAGAGCUGAGCCAACACCUGCGUGCCUCCCGUGAGAGUCAGCUUAAUCUUCAAUCAGAGCUCAAGGACCUGCGUGACAAGUACUCUCAGUGUGAGGACAUGCUCCGCGAGGCCCGAGAGGACAUUAAGAACCUGCGUAAUAAAAGCCUUCCCAACGGCACGGUGCAGCGCUACACUGCGCUGGCCUCCGUCCUCCCCAUGGACUCCCUGGCAGCCGAGAUAGAGGGCACCUUCCGCAAAGGCCUGGACACCCCGGCCCCCUCAGAGUACAAGAACCACCCGUGGCGCGUGUUUGAAACAGUGAAGGUGGUGAACAAGCACGUGAGGCUGCGGUCUCGGUGCCACUCCCCAGGGCUGCCGGGCUCCAGCCCGCUGUCGGCUCACUCCAGUUGCACCAGCACCCCCCGAACCAGCUACUAUGGCUCAGACAAUGCUAGCCUUACUCUGGAAGACAAGCCCAGCUUCAAUAAUGCUCAGAAAGUAGACAACCGACUUAGUGGGCCGAAGCGUCUGGGCCAGCCGGGCACACCAGGAGGCCAGGACCUUGAAGCCGCCUUGCGCUGCCUGUCAGCCCGCCAGCAGAACCACUCCUCUGAGCGGCCUUUCUUCGAUGUCGAGCGUGAGCGUAAACUCCACGCCUUGGCAGGAGACUGCGAUGAGGGCGAGGGCUCCAGUGGCUUCCUGACGCCAAAUGACAGCCUGGUCUCCAGCCCAGCAGCAUCAACGAGCACCAACUACUCCAACGGCAGCUCACGGCCCUCCUGGGGCUCCUCAGGAGGAUCCAGGUCCUACCUGCCCGACCGCCUGCAGAUCGUCAAACCUCUUGAGGGCUCGGUGACUCUGCACCAGUGGCAGCAGUUGGCCAAACCAAACCUGGGAGGCAUCCUGCAGCCACGUCCGGGCGUCCUGACUAAAGACUUCAGGGAGCUCGAGGUCGACAUACAGCACGUCUACAGUCUGAACGACCUGGAGGAGGAUGAACCGGACCUGUCGCAGCUGUCUGGAGCCCAUGGCAUGGUCUCUCCACCUGGUCCCAACCUCCCUCAGACCUCUCCCACACAUACCAUUACCACCUGCCAAGUCCUGCAACCCUCCCUUCUCAUCCCAUCCUUAUCCACUAGCAGCCUUCGCUCUUUCGGCCUGCCACCUUGUCGGAGCUGUGAGCGCGUGAGCACUUCAUCGCCAUCCCACCAGCGGCCCUUUGGCCAAGGAGGCCCGACCACCACCAACACCACGAAUGUCACCACUUCAUCACUGGGACUCCUGCAGCUGCUGCAAGAGCGGGGCAUCUCAGCCUCUCCUCAUCCACACCACCACAUGCACCACCACCACAGUACUAAAGCUUCACCCUCCACAGUAAAAGACAAAGGUGGAGUCUCCCCACCGGACAAAGAGGGACGAAGGUACAACUUCAGUUUAAACUUGGUCGAGAAGCUUCAAGGCCUGGGGUUGCACAGAGUGGCAGCCUGGGGGAUGGCGGGCCGCAGUGGAGGAGAGAAGCAGUCGGUCGUCCUCUGAAAGUUCGAUGAGGAUUGUUCAUCACUUCCUGCUCUCUCAUUCCCCGUAGAGACUUUACAUCCAGACAUGUGAUCCCCACUGUGCAGUUCAGGUGUCUCUGGUGUCUUGAAAACAUAAGCCACAGAUUGUGCUAGAGCCAUACUUUAAGUUGUUGGUUGUGACCAGUAAUAUUAUUGUGUGUGUGAGAGAGAAAGACGCAUCUUCAUCUCAGGAAAAUCACCUGAUUAUCACCAGUUUGUUUGACUUCUUUUUGCAGAAAAAAAGAAACAUCAUGAAGAAAAAACAUUUUUAUAUUGUGUUUCGUGAUUGUCUUUUUUCACGUUUUCCUCACCACUGGUUUAAAAAAAUACAACUCAUUAGUUUCCAAAGUGGAACAUCACUUAUGUGUAUAUAACAACGUUGUCUUUUGAAACAUUUUAAAAGGACUAAUUGCAGUAAAUUAUUGUUAGUUGAAACCACAAACUGAACUGAUGUUUUCACACUGAAGAACUUUCAAAUGCACUAAAAUGCACUCUUCCUGCUUAUUAGCUGCUACAUUGAGAUUAGCAUGUUGUAUAUGACAUUGUUGAUUAUACUGAGUUAAACACUUGAUCAAGGCGCAUUGCGAUGACAGAUGAUGCGCUGACUAAACUGAAAAAUGUUGUUGAAAAUGUCUGCCCUAAAGUUCACCGCAUGCUUUCACAUGGCGCGUGUUGUCAUGGCAACAGCACACAGUACAGCGUCACCUUUCUGUACUUUAUCCUGAGCGAAACCUCGCCAAGAUGAAGCCGGGUUUGCAAUGCUGCAUCAAAGAAGGUGGAUGGGAUUUUUAUAAGCAAUAUGUACAUUUACUGCAUUGUGUUCACUGAAAAUGUUGCUUCUACAAAAUCUGCUGAAUAUCACGUCAUCAGGAAUUAUUUUUAUUGCUGGGAGAUGAAUUCAAAUAAAAAAUAGUUUGGGGGCAUUGGAAGUGAGUUCCCCAUGACAUGAUGGGGAAUCCCUUUUUCAAGACGAGCAGAAGAGGAGUCCUAAUUAUUUAAACGGCACGUUUCUUUGAAAUCUUUCUGAACAAUCAACUGUAGCAAAAAGGCAUAGGAUACUGUGGAUUAAAAAGGGAAGAAAUCACAAACACAGGUUUUAAUAAUUUGUGUUGUGACUUCAAUCAACCAAACCGCUGUUUCUCUGUUGGCUUCACAGCUGUUUACGUCAGUGUGUGUUCAAAUUGUACCACCUGUGAAUAAAACUUUGCAUUUCCAUCCAG